AUGCAACGAAACACAUACGGGCAAUCGCCGCCCCUCCACCACCCCGUCCCGCAGCACGUCUCUACCGUACCGCAGCUUCGAUCACCACCGCCGCCCCCCGGCUCCGCACAAUCACAACAGCAAGGCUAUGCCCCGACUGGCCAACAAGGGAAUCCCUACCAGCAGCAGGGCGGCACCAGUGGGAACGUCUUUGGCGCAUAUGGCCAGUUUAUGAAUGAUCCCACCGCGCAGGUGGCGGCGCAGUUUGGACAGACGGCGUUCAAGCAGGGGCAGGAGUACGUGGAGCAAAAUAUUGGACGUUAUGUCAAUGUUGCGGCCCUUAAACACUACUUCAACGUGUCCAAUUCGUACGUUAUCAACAAGCUCUUUCUUGUGCUGUUCCCCUGGCGGCACAAGGGUUGGUCGCGAAAGCAGGCCGUCGGCGCGAACGGGCAGGAGGGAUGGUAUCUGUCUCCUCGGGAUGAUAUCAACAGCCCGGACAUGUACAUCCCAGUGAUGGGCCUGGUUACCUAUGUCCUCCUCUCGACACUGAUUGCAGGUCUCAAGGGCGCGUUCAACCCGGAGCUUCUCGGUGUCACGGCAACCACGGGGCUGAGCGUGGUCAUUGUCGAGAUCAUCGCGUUGAAGCUUGGAUGCUACCUCCUCAGCAUUUCGAGCCAGUCGCAACUUUUCGACCUCAUCGCGUACUCGGGAUACAAGUUUGUCGGGAUCAUUGUCACCAUUACAGUGGCGGAAAUCCUUAAUGGGGGUAAAGGCACAGGCGGCUGGAUCGGCUGGGCGGUGUUCGCCUAUACCUUCUCAGCCAAUGCCUUGUUCUUGCUUCGUUCGCUGAAAUAUGUUCUCCUUCCUGAAACCAAUGGGCAGCCUAGUGGCCCGAUGCAGACCGAUUCGCGCGCCAAGCGCAACCAGCGCACGCAGUUUCUCUUCUUCUACUCGUACAUUGUCCAGCUGUUCUUCAUGUGGGUUCUCACCAGGGCGUGA